AAUCACAGUACACAUUGACAUCAACUGUCAUCGUCACCGGUUGAAGCUUUCUUUUGUUUUUCAUCCGUCGUCUUUUCCAAACAGCAAGAUUAGUUCAUUCGCGGACCAUCCAUUCCGAUUUUUAUAUAAACAUUCAAAAUCAUGAGCGCCUCAAAAACUGAGCCAAAAGUGAUGAAGAAGCAGAUCCAAUCGAAGAUCGAAUCCGGUGUGCCGAAGAAGCCUUCGACCCUCACGUUGAUCAAGUCUCGUCAACCAAGUACCCUUUCCAGGGCAUCGAGCCGGCAGAGCAGCUCGGAUAAGAAGCCAUUAAACGCCCCUUCUUCAAAAGGACAUCCACGCCCAAACACGAGUUUUACGUCGACACGUAUUCCACAAACCUCCAAAAUAAACCUUGCCAUCGCCGAUAGGGUUCAGCAGGGAGUUCACCGGUUGGGCAAGCUACCGUCUUACCUUCGGAGCAAUAACCGCCCGGCUACGGCAAGCAGCAAGCUGCGACAGACGGAGUCCGAAACCAAAAGGAAACAGGAACCAUCUAAAGAAGACAAAGAAGUAGCAAAGCGGGUGCUCGAACUACAAGGCGAACGGCAUCAGAAAUUCAAGAAUAACCUUGCAGCACAGUUUGGACAGUAUGCCACGAGUAAGAAAAUGCUGGACGGGCUUGAACAGAAACCAUCAAGGUUGGACACAACCGGAGAGGAGCCAAACGUGUCGUCGGUGGGCCGUCCAACCAACCUGGAACAAGCGAUCGCCAAAAUAUGCACCGAAAUGGACCAAAACGAGUUGGGUGACACCGUGAUGGAGGAAGUAUGCCCACCGCCUUGUGAGGGUCACCGAUCUGCCGGGGAUGCGGCCUUACAAGAGGCCGCGACAAUCGGGAAACGUAUGGAGCUGGAAGAACUGUGCGAAAAGAUGAGGCAGUUUCAGAAAAAGUGUGAGCAGCACGAGGCCGAUUCUAAGGUCAAGCAGGAGCGGAUCGUCGAGCUGGAAAUGGAGCUGGCUGGGAAGUGUGAAGCGAUGGAGAAGUUACAAAACCACAUAGAAAAUGCCAAGCUAAUUUCAAGCUCGCGAGUUUCGAUCACCCAGGAUAACAUAAAAGAGCUGAAUCAGAGUCUGAAAAACGUCCGGCUAGAGCUCCUUCAGAAGUGCGAUGACCUCGUGCGGAGCGACAAUAAAGUUUUUGUACUAAACGCGCGCGUUGAUGAACUUAAACGAAUAAUGAGUGAGCUUGAGGAAGAGCACGGUAACCGGAUAUUUGAACUCACCGAAAAGGAAGCGAAACAACAAACGGAGCUUGAUGUGGUGAAUCGGCGUUGUGAGGAGUUAACUCAACAACUUACAAAUGCGAAAGAAGAAGCCACGGCUAAGGACUCCCUAAACAUCGAAACUGAAACAGAAGAUCCCAUCAAGAGCACGUUGGCUUUGGAACUGGAAGCAAAACGAACAGAGAUAGCCACCCUUCGGAAGGAAACCCAAAAACUGCGCUACGAAAACGAUAGGUUAUCCAGCGCGAAAAAGCGGGACGACGUGCUAUUCGACAUUCGCAAGAAGCUGCUGCAAAGCAUAGAGGGAAGUAAAGAAGCAUUCAAGGCACAGUGCGAUGAACUUUCCAGCUUCGAAGGGGACGCGGAGGCCGACAAGGAACAUACUCGAACGCGGAACGUCCUGUUCAAGACGAUGGCCGAGAAGCAGCGUCGCUGCUGUAGGGAGCAGCAAAUUAUCAGUGAGCUCGGUCAGAACAGUCAAAAGUGCAAGGCGGUGCGCAACAGUCUGCUGCACAUGGUGAAACGGUACAAGAAGGAGAACCGACAGAUGCGUGAGAUCAUUAGGAUGCAAUGUGGAGACACUGUGCUGGUGGAACCUUUUGAAGAACCCAUCAAGGAUGAUAGAUCACUGCUGAAAAGAGAAAUGGUAGAUUGCAUGUAUCAGUUGUUUCCCGCUGUACCUGUAUGUGAACUUGCGAAUGAAGACUAUCAAGAUGGGAAGGAGAAAAUUGUCAGUAAAGUUAUCUACAACCAGGAAAUUUUGAGUGAGCACGAAAGGGGAGAGAAAACACAGGCCAACUAGAUCCAUUAUAUCUGUACGAUUUAUUUUGAU